UGAUCUUGUAUAGAUUUUACUGUUAGGUGGAAGAGAGGUCAGCGACACAAUUGUCAUCGAUUGCAAACGGGAAAAUUCAGGCACGUUGCACCGACAUGCAAAAGAAAAAGAAUCGAGCGAAAACCGAGGGCGAUCGGUUUCACUGAUGACUGGUCGAAAUUUGGCGCGAUCAAAGUACGAAAAUAAAAGAGAGGAACGAAUACAACGAAAGGAGAAAAUAAGAAGGUGAAAGAGGAUGUUCGAUGAGGAUGGCUAGUCACGCGACGUAACACAGUCCCAGCUUCGAACGAGAGGCAGGACCCACUAGUUGUAAUUAUAGUUAUCUGCGCGAUGUUCUCGGAACGCUUUGCUUCGACCCCUCCUUCGAGCUUACCGAGAAGCAAGAGGGAGACAGUGCGAACCACUGUCGGACGAGACAAAACUAUACAGAGAGCAACGGAUCGAAAAAGGAUAGACGAAGUGAAAUCAGAGAUGGAGGGGACGGUGGACACACUGGGCCGAGGAUGAAAGUUACAUAUAUAUAGAGGGAGAAAGAAUUCAGAUCGCAGAAGAGAAGUGCAGUCUUCUGCCCUGGCCCCAGAACGAUCCUCGCCGAUCUAUCAGAGCGAACCGAACCGUCGACGGAAGUAGGUCCCUCGGUACUGCGUUCCAUUCACGAGCAAAACAGGACUGACCCGUAAACAACAAUAACAGCUAAAAAUGAGAAACUUCGUGUUAAUGUUGUUUUUCAUUCAUCUCGCCUUUGCCACGAUUGGCCGUCAUCACAGGGACCGGGGAUUUUUGAAUCACGUGCAACUGGUGCACGAAUUUCGGUGCUCCUCGCCGCAACCAAGGGCCGUGCCGGUGGAAAAGCUUUUAACCGUUGGCCCUAGCCCCGAUGAGGUUUUCUAUCCUGCCUCCACCGUUUUGACGCGUUGCGACGGAGCUGGAUGUUGCCCGGACCCCAAACAGAUUUGCGCACCUGUCGAGACUAGAAACGUCAGCCUUGUCUUUAUGGUGAAGCACAUGAUCGACCGGCAACGCGAUAGACAUCACGAAGUGAUACACGUUUUGGAGCACACCAAGUGCGGAUGCGUCGAUAAGAAAUUGAUCGAAUUCGACUGAUUCUUCUUUCUAGAGAAAGCUUCUCUCUGUCGAGGACUUACAUCCGUUGCUUUAAGAAUAUUGUUAAGUAGUUUUUUGGUACUUUGUCUUCUUGUAGUAACCAAAAUGAUAUUUAUAAUUGCGCGAGUAAAUAACGGUGUAGUUAGUAGAUUAAGUUUAAUUGUAAGACGAGUUCCUUGAUUUAAUCAUCCUUCAGGAUUUUUGACUGUGAUAUUUUCAUAAAGUAGCGUAAAAUGUAUCUUUGUUAUUUAUAACAUGGAAUUAAUAAAAUAUAGAUACUUGUAGGUGACGCUA